AUGUCCCACGUCCACGCCACCCCGCAGACCCCAACCCUAGCCACCACCCCGGGAACAGGCCGCCUCCCCACCGCAACCUCACACAUCCGCAUCGCGCGCCCCUGUCGUGAUUUCACCGCCGCAGAGCGCUUCUACGUUACCGGACUAGGCCUCAAAGUCCUCUGGCGGAGUGGGCCCGCGCACGAAGUCGAGGGCGGCCAUGAGCUGCUGAUGCUGGGGUGGCCGGGCGCAGCGUGGCAUUUGGAGCUAGUGCUGGUGACUGAUAGCGAGGAGGAGCAUGUGCCGCGGCCGACUGAGGAGGAUCUGUUGGUUAUUUAUGUGGAUGGCGAUUAA